CUCCCCGCCCGGCCGGUGCAGGGCCUCCGAUCGACCGCGGCCGAGCGGGGCCUGGGCGCGGGCGCUGGGGGAGCCCGCCGCAGCGGGCACUGGAGGAAGCGGCGGCGGCGCGUCCCGAGCCGUGCGCGCCAUGUCGGGCGGGCCCCCCAAGGGCCUGCCGUCCACCGGGCCCCACUCGCUGCUCGACAUGCCGCACCCGCUGGCCGGCUCCAGCAGCGAGGAGGCCGUGGGCGGCGACAGCACGCCCAGCCCGGACCUGCUGAUGGCCCGCAGCUUCGGCGACAAGGAUCUCAUUUUGCCCAAUGGUGGCACUCCUGCAGGUACUUCGAGUCCCGCUUCUUCAUCUUCCCUUCUCAACAGACUUCAGCUUGAUGAUGACAUCGAUGGUGAGACCAGAGAUCUCUUUGUCACCGUUGAUGAUCCCAAGAAGCAUGUCUGUACGAUGGAGACCUACAUUACUUAUAGGAUCACCACCAAAAGUACGCGGGUGGAGUUUGACCUGCCGGAGUAUUCUGUCCGUCGAAGGUACCAGGAUUUUGACUGGCUGAGGAACAAACUGGAGGAGUCCCAGCCCACUCAUCUCAUUCCCCCGCUUCCUGAGAAGUUUGUGGUGAAAGGUGUUGUAGAUCGUUUUUCAGAAGAGUUUGUGGAGACCAGAAGAAAAGCUUUGGAUAAAUUCCUAAAAAGAAUUACAGACCAUCCCGUGCUCUCUUUCAAUGAACACUUCAAUGUUUUCCUUACUGCUAAGGACCUGAACGCCUACAAGAAGCAGGGGAUGGCCCUGCUGACCAGAGUGGGCGAGUCCGUCAAGCAUGUCACCGGAGGCUACAAGCUGAGGAGUCGACCUCUUGAGUUCGCAGCCAUCGGCGACUACUUAGAUACAUUUGCGCUCAAACUGGGAACCAUUGACCGGAUAGCUCAGAGGAUCAUCAAAGAAGAAAUAGAGUACCUUGUAGAGCUGCGAGAAUAUGGGCCUGUGUACUCCACGUGGAGUGCAUUAGAGGGGGAGCUGGCUGAGCCUCUGGAGGGGGUGUCAGCUUGCAUCGGCAACUGCUCGACAGCCUUGGAAGAGCUGACAGACGACAUGACAGAAGACUUCCUACCUGUGCUCAGGGAAUAUAUUUUAUACUCUGACUCUAUGAAGAGCGUCCUGAAGAAGAGGGACCAAGUGCAAGCGGAGUACGAAGCCAAACUGGAAGCUGUGGCUCUGAGGAAGGAAGACCGCCCCAAGGUGCCCGCAGACGUUGAGAAAUGUCAGGACCGGAUGGAGUGUUUCAAUGCAGACCUGAAAGCCGACAUGGAGCGAUGGCAGAACAACAAGAGGCAGGACUUCCGGCAGCUGCUCAUGGGAAUGGCGGACAAGAACAUCCAGUAUUAUGAGAAGUGCCUCACGGCGUGGGAGUCGAUCAUUCCACUACUGCAGGAGAAGCAAGAGGCCAAGUAAGUUCCCUCCUGGCACAGAGACUCUUCGACCUGCACAGGGCAUGGCGUCCCCGCACGCCCCUGUCGUGCCAGAGGCCCGGCACUGAGGAAACAGCCACAGAAGCAUCUCUCCUUUGUGUAUUUCUUCCCCUGCCCGCCUCUCCCCGUUCGUCCACCGCUGGUUUUCCAUUAGUAUUUAUUCCUUGGUGGAGUCUGCAAGGCUGGCGUCAUCCCUCAGCGGAAGCAGCUUACCUCCGUGGCUCAAAGGAGCCGAUGAAAUGGAACAGCUGAGAAGACGUACAGCCGAGGGCUGGGCCGGCCCGGCUGACAUUCCGACAUCUCAUCACGGAGGCUUCUGUCUGGGGGGCCCACAGCGUUGCCUGUGCUGGGGGGAAGCCCGGCUCUUGCUUUUCGAGGACACGAGGAAGGCGUGAACAGAAGGCAGCCCCUGUGUUCCGUGGACACAGGGUGACUCCAGGAUGGACCCUGUGGGCUACCGACUCAUCACAGCCGAGGCGGAAGCAUUGGCAGUUCCGUGGAAAGCCCUUCCCUAAUGGACCGUGGCCUCUAGCUGCGAGCAUGGCCUGCCAGCCACUCGUGAUGAGCGACAGCCGUUUUGUGGCUCCCGGGUCCCUCAGGACGGUCUCCGUCAGCGUCCACGCACG